UAUGACGUCACAUUUGUGUUCAUUUUUAAUUUCAAAAUGGCGCCCAUGUUAAAGUUCUGUAUUUUUAUGUUCACACUUCAGACAGUAAUUUCAAAAGAUCCACUGAAUACUGACGUUGACAGACUCGCACAAGAUAGUAAUGAAAUUCAACACUUAAAAUAUGAAUUGCUGCAAUUGGAGAAGGCAAAACGUCGAAUCAAAGACGAGAUCGCAAUGGACAGACGAGACAUCAUGAACAUCAGAAACUCUCAAAGAAAUCCUUCUACUAAUUUGCAUCACAAACACGGCCAGUAUCAUCAGAAAAGAUUUCUGAAUACACCACAUGAGUUACAAAGAUAUCGUUCCAGAGAAAAUUCUUUUCGUAAGAGACAGGUUCAAUCUCGACGAAAAGAAAAUCAAUCUCGGCGAAAAGAAAAUUUUGGCAAAUAUUCACGAAAAGAAGCUUCGAACAGAGGGAAUUGCCUGGACGAGCAGUUUGAGAGCGAUGGCAAGUCGGUUCCUUGUUCAAUGAUGAUACUCAAUCUCCCCAAUAUGCCCCACUACCAAAAAAGACACCAGCUGUGCGCACUGCCCUCCACCAAGUGCUGUCAAACUUGCAUGAAAGUUGCACAGGAAUCACAGAGUACUCAACAGAAAGAUUCUGCACCCCGAGCUCAGAUUGCAACAGCUUCGAACAUAGGGAAUUGCCUGGACGAGCAGUUUGAGAGCGAUGGCAAGUCGGUUCCUUGUUCAAUGAUGAUACUCAAUCUCCCCAAUAUGCCCCACUACCAAAAAAGACACCAGCUGUGCGCACUGCCCUCCACCAAGUGUUGUCAAACUUGCAUGAAAGUUGCACAGGAAUCACAAAGUACUCAACAGAAAGAUUCUGCAUCCCAAGCUCAGAUUGCAACAGGUGAAAAACAGGAAUCACAGAGUACUCAACAGAAAGAUUCUGCAUCCCGAGCUCAGAUUGCAACAGAGUAUCCGCCAUUGGAUCUCAGCGAUUGUGAGGACCAAACCUUGGAUUUUAAUGAGCAUAUGUGGCCCUGCGAGUUUCUGAUCGAAAACGUUACUGGAAAGAACGCCUAUAAAAGGAGACACGAGCUCUGUAAUCAGCCCACAACCAAAUGCUGUAAUACAUGCAGGGUAAUCGAACAGAAACAUCGACUGAAACCACAGGCGGAAGAAAAGGAAAGUAGUACUGAAGCACAGACUGUGAUUCCGGAGCAGAAAGAUCCAUGUGCUGCAAAUCCAUGCAAAAAUGGGGGCAUUUGCAGAGCUGACAAACGCCGAAAAACCAAUGGAGGUUUCGAGUGCGCAUGCAAAGUCAACUACCGCGGGAAAUUAUGUCACCAAGAAAUGGAGAACUGCAACAAGUUACGUUGUCUGGCCAUCAAAGGAUGUGUAGUCGCCCCUUCUGGUUCUGUGUGCCUCUGCUCUGGAGCACUGAGCGGCCGGUUGUGCCAUGGCGAUAAGGAAUCGCAGCUUGUGAAAGUGAAAAUGAUAGUUUCGAAGCAUACAAUCAUACUAGGGGAGAUCACACUCGGCACCAUCGCUGUAAUCACCCUGCUCGUCUCCCUUUGUUUGUGUGUCCACUGUAAACGUGUCGACAAAAAGCGAACGAAAUUGCGCAAACAUUACAAGAAUGCGCUGGACGACGGUUACAUCCCGGAAGUGCCUCCGCCAGACUGGCUAACCGUCAGUAAUGACGUCAUUAAGACCUGUCUAUGCUGCUGCGCGGCAAAGUCGUCCCUCCCGAGCUCGUACAAACCUAGCAAGCGGAAGUCGCGAGAGAAACUGGCGGAUAAGGAAGGUAACGAAGAGGAAAUGACCUAUCUUUUGAAAUCCAACACUCGCGUCGACCUGAAGAGAGCGGGUAGAAGUCAUCCUGCGCCUCUGAAGCGCCCCUCGAUAUUCGGGUACAAUGAAAACGCCUACAUCGCGCAUCCCCAAUCGGUGCCUAUACGCCAACCCCGUUCCGAGGCUAGACACAUUUCUGAAAAAGACGCUAGGGGCGCUGAAUUUACGAAACUAGUUCAUGUAAAUCAAAAUGCCCGUACCGGAAGACAGAAAAGUGGUAUAAGUCGCUCCGGUGAAAAUGGUUUAAAGUUACCUGAUGGGGCAAUAGAUACAAAGGCAUCAAACAAUUACGCGAGCACUUUUAGGAGAGGUGAUAAUAUUUUGCGUAUAAGAGGUAACUCGGCAACGCAUAUACACAGGAAAGUGCGACUUGGUAACGUGGAUCGCAGGGGGAAAUUGGUCAAUCCUCACAUUGUUGAGGGUAAUAAGCAUCUAAGAUAUAUUGAGCCCGGAAAACGUUCCAUCAAUUACCGUCCCACGAAAAGGUCGACAUAUCGUGAUAAAGUUUCUAGCGACUCCUGUGCCGCUUCUUAUAUGUCGGAGGUGCCAUAUUUGAAUGCGUUUGAACUUGUACGAGAAAAUAUGAACAUGAAUAUGAACGAUGACAGAGUGUUCCAAAAGGAAAGCAGAUUGUGUUGCUAUAAGAACAGUGAAACCCUCAGCAGUAUAACUCAGGCAGCGUUGGUAGGAACAGAGAUGUUCGAAAAUCCAAAGAGAAAUAAGAAUGCAUUAAGUAAAGAAGCGACGCCGGUAAAAUCAACAAGUGAACCAAGUUACACCGAGAUGCGUGAAAAGGGAUUUAAAGACAACGUUGAUAUCACUAAUACAGAAAACUACGGAGAGUAUAAUGAUGCAGAACACGUUCCAAAUGUGAUGCCGAGAACUGAAGAAACUAACUUAAAUAUGAAUGAAAACUCCUUCAACGCUGGUUGCACUUAUCUGCAUUUCUCACAAAGCAAGUAUGUGCACGUCAGUGGAGUGGAUGAACAGUGCCAGAAGCUUCCAUUCAUAACUGGGGACACCCUCGGAGACAAGCAACAUCCGAUAACUGAUCCAAGUGCUGACUUGACUCGCUGCAGUGAAAACCUAAUCAAAAGCAAGCGGGAUAAAGGGCGCGGGGAUGGGGAGAAGCUAUUGUAUGAAAAACAAACACGGAAUAAAUUACAUGACGAUAGGCAAGCGCUGUCGUAUGAAAGACAAACAACUUUGAAAGAUAAUUCUGUGGUUUUGGAAGAAGCCUUGAGUGAUGACUUGACGUGCUUAAGUGAAACCCUUAUUGAAGGACAGCGGGAUAACGAGUACGACGAUAGACAAGCGCUGUCGUAUGAAAGAAAAGCAACUACGAAGGACGAGAUCGUUGCUUUGAAAGAAGGCGCGAGUGAUUACUUGACUCGCUUUAUUGGAAAGCGUAUUGAAAGAAAGCGGAAUACUGUAUGCGUUGAUAUGCCAGGGCAGUCGUAUGAAAGACAAAAAUCUAUGACAGAUGAUAUCGUGGCUUUGGACGAGGGCGUAAGUGAUGAAGAAUUAACGGGUAUAUGGAAGACGACAGUUACUGUCCCUGCUAGUGAAGAACGCGACGAGACAAUUGAUAACUCGGGAGAAAGCUUGAGUUCAGAAAGGAUGUCAGACGAAAACGAUUUGGGUGAAUUUUGAACUCGUUUUUGGAUAAUUACGUUUUCACAAACGCUUAUCACAUUCGGCGAUCAUAUUUUCGAAAAUUGUAUCGUAUCUUAACAGGGUUUAAUUCAAAUAUGAAAAGUGUUUACUUACGUUCGACAUUUCGAAAAUAAUGUUUGUUUCAUAACAUUCUUUGAAUUGACGUUGCAAUGUUUUUUUAAUAUUUUGUUCACACAAUUGAUAUUAUCGAAUGAAUGGUAUAAAAUCAUAUAAAUGUUAUGCCAGAAUUGGGAUAGUAGAUAAUUACAUGAUCCAACGAGAUACAAACUACCCCCAAAUGUUGCUUUAGAAAAGAUGAUAAUUAUCGUUGUUAAACAAUAACAGAAACAAAAUGUUAAAUUUUGACAGAUAAGUUCUGUAUAGCAAAACGUACUUGUAAGUACACGUCCGAAAAUGAACAAAUGAUUGAUGCAUACUUCGUUGUUUAUCGGCUCAUAAUCAACGGCCUGAUUUUCUGGUGUUUCAAUGAACUAAUAGCUCAUAAGUCUUCAUGUAUUAUUACUAUUUAUUUGCAGAUACACAAUGGAACAUCGAUUAAAAUAAUGCUACCAUGACGAACUGAUCCAUUAAAUUAGUUAAGGUGUAUCGACCUUAACCCAUUUAUGCCUAGUGGACUCUCCAAUCCUUCUAAAUUGGAUCAAUUUAUUUCCAAAAUUAGGGAUGUCUUGUACAUUUAUUUCUAUAUUUAGAAUAUUUCUCAGAACAAGUUUUGUUCGUCAUUAAUGAAUGUUUAUAAUGUUGAGCCUGUUAUUAUCUGUGAAACGUAAAUUGUUUUGAAAAAAAAUCAACAUUCAUGUUUGAUUUCACUAAUGUAUCAUUUUUAAUCGUGUACAAUCUAACACAUUGUUUAAGCGGAGCCCUUUCCUUUUUUACAAUCUUGAGAUUAUUGCUUGUUUUCUUAUCGGAGAACUCGUUUCGGUUCUUAGAAAAAAGGCUGCCACUUUCAAGCUUACAAUAUAGCCGCGCUAAAAUAAUUUAAGUUCAUGUCAAAAAGCAAGUGUUUCAAUUCUGUCUUGAGUAAAACCCAAUCUGUUUAAUAAAUACAUAUGCUCGA